AAGUACAUUCGUUAGAAUGCAAUAGUCUAUAUCUUUAUUUUAUGAUUAUGAUAGAGUAGGGUAAGUGAAAAGAAAGAUGAUAUAUUUUAUGUUUUUUAUGAUCGUAUUUUCAUUUGGAACAUGUGUUUUUGGAGCAAAUAAUUCGGACUAUCCGGAAUUGAAUCCAGAAUGGACGUAUUGUUUGGAAAUGACAUGGUUCGGACCUGAAUACAGUAACGUCACCAUGUAUAAUGGCACUUGUUCUGAUUAUCUGGACGAAACACGGGCUGAAGGUAUACCCUGUGCUGCCCCAAUUGUAAUUUCAUAUGAUGGAACUUUGCCUAAUAUGGAUUACCUUUGGGAUAAAUAUAAAGAAAGCAUUUUGUGUAAAAGAAGUAUAAGUCAAAGAUGUAUCAAGUAUACAUAUUAUUAUAAUAAUAUAAUUGCUAAUAUUACCUACAUGUGCGCAAAAGUUCAGCACGACUCUGGUGGAAUACUGGAUAGUGGGUGUUAUAAACAGAAAUUGACAGAAGGAUAUGAAACUGAAAUAUGCGUGUGUAAAUCUACGAAUGGGAUACAUUGGCCUUGUAAUGUUGCAUAUAACAUUAACGCUCUUAAUAUUUUGAUAUUAAUAAUGUUAUCUGGUUUAUUACAUAGUUUAUUUAGUUAAUAAAUUGAGUGUGAAGUCAUUUUGAACGAUACAAAAACCUUGAUAUUAAUACAUAGUUGUGAAAAUA